AUGCCGUUGUCCGUGCCAAAGAAAUGUCAUGAAGUCAUCAAAUUGCUUCUCCCAUAUUGGCACAAAGUGCCUGAUUUUGGUCAUCAAAUGAUGUCUCAAUUUCUGGAUGAUAUCGGAGGAUACGUGGAGGAAUACGAAAAGCACGGCAGUCUUCGCAAUUGCCUAAGUAAGGCGUGUUCAGUCCUGGAACUUCUUGUAGUCCUGAUCGAGAUAUAUGUUCAAGAUAGGAAUAGUGUUCAACAGUUCUACUGGGAUGUGCUACAGCAGUCACUGAACUCAUGUACUUCGAGCAUGACCCAGCUCGGAUCUGAACCUUCUUUCCGUGUGGGAGUUUUCUUAUCGGAAUACUGCGGUAUUUUCUCCACAGCCGUGCCGCUUGUCGAUUCACAGAACAUCCACAUAGUGUCGAAAUGUACCACAACCGCAGUCGAGAUAAUGCACAAGUUUUGCGCUAAUGAGACUGCUGUCGUCAAUUGUAUCAAGUAUUUCACAACGAUUUUUACGGUAGCAUCGUUACCUGCUGAGUUCACAGUACCUCUUACCGAAAAACUUGGAAUCCUGGGAGAGCCAUCAGUUUUUCAACUCUCAGUUUUUGGAAGACCAAAACUUGCGUCAGCGCUGCUAUCGCUUCUCACUUCAAUGAUGUGUCCUUCUGUAUUACCACUUCUUCUGGCAUCAUAUACUACUGUGAGAGAAAAGCUAUUGGCUGAAGUCGCUUCUCUGCGUGACGAAAAUGCAGAUGCGCUCACGGACAUGCGAGAAACGGAGGCACGACUUCUGAUCCUAAUAGGAGCUUUCGCGGCGCUUGCCUCACUCAAGAGCAGUCUUAUCGUGAUGAUGGGAUUGCGUCCGUCAUUGUUCCAUCUUUUGCUCAAUGAGAUGCCACUGACUGAACAAUGGUUCAUUACGAAAUAUCCGGCUGUUCAUUACUGUCUGCUGAAUGUGAUGCACACGCAUGUGGCCUCUCACGAUUACUUUUUGUCAAACUCUGAAUGGCUGGUGCAAAGCAACUCACCCAGCUGCAUGUAUGCAAAAGAACAACUGUUGGCUAUUGACCGCCUUUUAAGUUCUCAUAUACAGUGGGAGCACACGAAAGCGUUAUGCGUGAAAUGGUUGCAUGGUCUAUUGUCCGGUAUCGACGAUUCUGCGAUGACGACAUUGGCCUAUCGUCCAGAAUUUGUUCGAAUCCGCGGGGCUGUUCUGAAUGCACUCAUCAGCGAGAAACCGAGCGAAAAGCUUACGGCUGUUGCACUGCGUUUGAAUGCACAUUGUGCCACUGACAAUCAAAAUGCUGUGGCCAUAACGAAAUCAGUCAUAUCAAAGGUG